UCUCGAGCUUCGCACGGUCAGCAUGGGAUGAACAUAUCCACCGCCCUCCUCUCCAAUUCCCUUUCGCCCUCUUUCUAAUCCUCCUCUCCACGACGGCUGGACAAAUGCCGGCGAUACUGACGACCGGAAGAGUGCACCAAUGCCUGCGACGGCCGUGAAGAGCGAGGUCCCGCCGGGCCUCGUCGAUGCCCCGGAGAGAAGUAGGCCGGAGAAGUCGCCCAAGAACUAUCGCGGCUUCGUCGCAGGCGUCUUCUCAGGCAUAGCGAAGCUCUCAGUGGGGCAUCCCUUCGAUACCAUCAAGGUCCGAUUACAGACGACCGAUAAGUCGCACUUCCGAGGGCCAUUGGACUGUCUGCUCCAGACGUUGAAGAAUGAGGGUGUGAAGGGCAUCUACAAGGGCGCCACGCCGCCGCUGGUGGGCUGGAUGUUCAUGGACUCGAUCAUGCUGGGUUCCUUGAGCGUAUACCGGCGAGUCCUGAACGACAAUAUCUUCAAUCCGAGACGAGUCGGCGAUGAGCAGAAGAGGCUUCCGGUAAUUGGGCAUGCAAUGGCAGGCACUAUGGCGGGAUGGACGGUAUCCUUCAUUGCGGGGCCGGUUGAACAUAUCAAGGCGCGGCUACAGGUGCAAUAUCAGGCUGAGAAGUCGAAGAGACUAUACAGCGGGCCCAUUGACUGCCUGAAGAAGACGUUCAAAAACCAUGGCGUCCGCGGCGUCUUCCACGGCCUCAGCGCCACUCUCCUCUUUCGCACCUUCUUCUGCUUCUGGUGGGGCACCUACGACGUCUUCACUCGCGCGUUCCAGAAAAACACCAACCUCUCCGCUCCGGCAAUCAACUUCUGGGCCGGCGGUCUCUCCGCACAGAUCUUCUGGCUCACUUCCUACCCGAGCGACGUCGUCAAACAAAGAAUCAUGACGGACCCACUUGGGCCUGAACGCAGGUUUCCCAGGUGGAGAGACGCAGCCAAGGCGGUCUGGAGGGAAAGCGGCUGGAGAGGCUAUUGGAGGGGUUUCGUGCCUUGCUUUUUGAGGGCUUUCCCAGCGAAUGCGAUGGCGCUAGUGGCUUUCGAAGGGGUGAUGAGGGCUUUGCCCGAGUGAGUAUUUGGGCUGACGGCCUUGUCUUAUUGACGUACCAGGGUAGACUCAGAAAAGAAGACAUCGACAUGGCAAAUCUCGAGCACUCCACUCCCCUGCAAUAUACUCUCCCGCAUUGCACGCACUGCGACUCACUAGGAUUUGAAACAGAACAGCUCACACGUUUUCCGGCUUCGCGGCCGCUUACCAUUUCUUCGCUCUGCUUUGUCCCGUUCCUUCAGCGGCCUUCCUGCUCAAGCAAACACGUGCAUAUAAUGACUCCGAACUAGAGACGCCGUUGCACGGUUAUCUUUUCGACUUGUUUGACUCAUCCAGAAGGCUCGGCUGGCUUCUGGCAGUCUUUGUUGUCCUGGAGCUUCGCAUGGGGGUU